CCAGCGCAAAACGGCCGCGACGGUGCUGGCAUUGCGCGUGGCGGCGCAUGCACGGGCAGCCCUGGUGUGAUUCGCCGUUUCGACGCGACGCGGCACGCGCAGCGCUGGUGACGUGCCGAGCCGGGCAGCCAGACAACCAAAUUUCUCGGUCAUGAGGCUCCUAUCAAUACUGGCGCUCGCCGUGUCAGUAAGAGCGGAGGACUGCCCCGUCACCGAGCUCUGCUGGGACGACGAGAAGUUUGGUGUGUGGGACUGCGACGAGGAGCCGGCGCCCAUCCAAGUUUAUAAGAAUGACGACGACAUCUACGUCGUUGAGAAGCUGGACGUGGCCACGGGCACCUACGAGAACAUCUUCAGCCUCGAGCUGGAGGACGUGAAGAAGAUCAACGCCGCGGCGAUCUACCACCAUACCAGUGAAGACGGCGACGACGAGUUCUUCUCGUUCGCGGCCGUCCAAAUGGACGGCGACGACGAGGCUCCCCACCUGUGUCGCAUCGACGCGGGCGAGGCCGACCACAAGGAGUGUUUUGAGAGUCCGCUCCAGGGAAAUAGCAACCCGAACGCGGGCGUCAUCCUCGACAACACGUAUUAUUAUUCUCGUAAUCUGGGCGACAACGACGACGGAACGUUCAUCUACCGCGUCUCGGGCAUCAACGGCAACACGCCGGACUUUCAUUAUGAUGAAGACAACUUGGCCUUCCAGGGCACGGGAGACGACGACACCGACGUGUGGAAGGGGCAGGUCCUGGACCUCGUCGCGGUCAAGGAGCGCGCGACGUUGAUCGACGACGGCGAGGACGAGCAGUCCUACCUCAUCGGCCUGGGCGAGGGCUUCGAGGUGCUCAUCGUGCACCUCGAUGAUAGUGGCGCGCCCGACAAGUACGCGGUCGUCGACUCGAGUGUCAAUUGGAACGGAGCCGACGAGUCUGACCGGAUCGCGUUCGGCGCGGCCUUCGCCUACGACACGGCUGAUGGUGAAUCCGCGACGCUCUAUUUCGCCGGCAAUGACGGCGAAGGGUUGUUCCAGAUCGGUUUGCCGAUUACCGUCGACGAGGACUGCUGGAACAGCGGCGACGACCCGACCGACCACGCCAAAUGCGAUUCCUCGACAGCCACGCUCACGCGCGUCGCGGACGCGGCGAAAGCUGAAAGUAAUGACGGCAUGAACUGCCCCGUGGUCUGGACUAUAUCAGAAACGUACGCGCCGACACCCGAGCCCGUCACGUGCCCGGACGACGAGGUCUGCUGGACCGACAUGAGCGUAGCCGCGUGGGACUGCGCCGGCUUCUUCUCGCCGGUGCAGGUCAUGAAGGACGGCGACGACCCCUACAAGGCCAUGACUCUUGACUUAGAAACUGGCGAGUACGAGGAAAUGUUUGAAUUGGAGUUUGCCCUCGACGACGAGGGCGAGUCGCAACAUGUGAACGCCGUCGGGUUACUAGGUUCUCCUGUUGAUGAUCCGACGACGUAUUAUGCGAUCGGCAAGUUCGACAAGCGGCUCUGUCGGUUCGAUUCCGAGUCCAAGGUUUGUUUUGACACAGAACUCGAAGUGAAGGCCAAUGCCGGCGCCGUCGGUGGGGUGAACUACUACUACUCGUCGAAUCUGGGCCAAAAGGAUACCAGAAUACAUGUCGUCGAGGGCAUCAACAGUGACACGCCGACGUUCCACGGUUCGGAUACAAAUAAAUUUGCUGUUAGCUCAUCAUUGUUCGACGACGAGAUUUUAGAUUACGCCUACGUCUCGGAAGCUGAUGGGACGACGCGUAUCGACGACGACGAGAACAAGGGGUUGUACCUCAUUGGUUUGUCGAAGGAUCUGAAAGUGUUUAUUGCGAAGAUCAAGGACGGCCUCCCCGACUCGUAUGCGGUCGUCCCGGGCACGGCCGACUGGUCGGGCUGGGCCGCGCUGCAGGCGGGGGACGAGGACGAGGCGUCUGAAGAGGAAGAGUCUGACGAAGCGGAAGAGUCUGACGAGACUGAGGAGUCUGACGAGGCCGAGGCGUCUGACGAGGCCGAGGAGGAAGAAGAAGACUCCGAGGAAGGGGAAGAGGAGGACUCUGAGGAAGGCGAAGAGGAGGACUCCGAGGAGGGCGAGGAGGAAGAGGACUCCGAGGAGGACGCCGGCGACGCGCCGACGUACCAGCCUACCGAAAACCCGGAGCGGCGGCUCGCGGGCGCGCCGACGGACGAGCGCCGGCUCCAGGACGCGCCCGACGACCCGGGCACCUACGGCGCGGCCUUCGCCUACGAGCCGAGCGACGGGAGCAUGACGAAGGUUUAUUUCGCGUCGAACGAGGGCACGGGCCUUUUACAACUAGAACUGCCGCUUACCAUCGACGACGACUGCUGGAAUAGUGGUUUGGAUGCGUCUGAACAUACUGAAUGCGACGCGUCGGCGCAGCUGACGUGGAUUUCCGCCUCGGACGAGGCCGACAGUAAUGAUGGGCUGAACUGCCCCAAGGGCGACAUCUUCGAGACCGUGGCGCCGUCGGUGACGCCGUCCUACAAGCCGACAAAGGCGCCGACCGGCCCUUCGACGAAGGAGCCCACGACCGCGGUACCGACGACGGCCACGCCUUCCUAUAGUCCUGUACCCUUCCCCACCCCCAAGCCGACGCCGGAGCAGCCGGCGCCGACUUCAGUACCGACGUACGCCCCGCAAGUCAUGCCCACGUCGCCGGAACCGUCGCCCCAACCGACUCUGUACAUGCCGUCGCCGGCGCCGAACUACGGGCCAUCAGCAAAGCCCACUAUGUUAACAUGUGAGCCCUUCGACUGCGCCGCGUACUCCGAACCCAUCCAGAUCCUCCAAAGGGACAAAGAUGAAGACAUGUAUUCCGUGUGUGAGCUCAACACCGUUACCGGAGAAUAUGACGUGUUGUAUGACAUCGACUGGUUCGACGGCCAUAUUAAUGCCGCUGGUAUGUUCGUGGGUGUGGAUGGUUCUAGAUACGCUUAUGCAUCAUUUGGGGGCUAUCUGUGCGCCUUCGACGCUCACAAGAAGUGUUGCCUGGACACGCCUUUGGCAGAACCGAAGCCGAACGCUGGUACUCUGGUGCAUACGGAUUAUUAUUACUCAAAAGACCCGGGAGGCGGGACGGAGCGAGGCUUCCACUGGGUCCAGAACGUGACGGGCACGCCGAUCUUCCACGAUGACGUUUUGUUCAAGAUUUCCGCGAGUGUCUACGAGGGCACGGUGCUGGAUGUGGCUACUGUGGACGAGUUCUUCGUCGGCGAAGAGUUGAUUGAUGACGGCGUGACGAAUGGCAGGUACCUAGUCGGCAUGGCUGAAGGAUUUGAAGUGCUGGUGGUGCGGUGCGACGAGACGGGCUACCCGUCGGCCUACGCCGUCCUACCGUCUGUCAUAGAUUGGAGUUUUGGGGAGGUGCAGGACGAAGGUAGCUUCGGCGCCGCCUACACGUUUAUGAGUGAGAAGGGCAUCCAUGUAUUAUUCUCGGACAAUAAAGGCCACGGCCUGUUCGAGGUGGGCUUCCCCAUGACUAUUCCGGACGAGUGCUGGAAUACUGGUACUGAUACAUCUUCUCAUGUCGCCUGCAGCAAUACCGUGAAUGUCCAGUGGUUGCUGAACACCGCUGAUGCUUCUUCCAAUGAUGGUUUAAACUGCCCCGACUCGCUGCAAUUGUUCCCUCCUACCUUGCAACCGACCUCGGCCCAACCGACGCCGGACUUGUACUCUCCGACACAACCGCCAUCCAUAGAGCCGGUUGGUUCGGUAGAUUGCGCGGCAGCAGGAAAUCCUUUACAAGUUAUGAAGUACGACGACGACGACGAGUACUCCGUGAGGAUGCUCGAUUAUGCCACAGGUAAGUACGAAGUACUUUAUUCGUUGGACUGGUUCGACGGGCACAUCAACGCUGUCGGUAUGGUCUACGAUUCGACCAAGAAUGCCUAUUAUAACGUGGCGGGCAUCACCGAAGAUGGCGUUUCGCAGCUAUGUAGAUUCGGGGGCAAUGUGGAAAGGAUCGAGUGUUACGGCGAACUGGAGGUCACGAAGCCGAACGCCGGCGCUGUUUUAGUAGAUAGAUACUACUACGCCAAGGACCCCGGGAACAAGGACGAGAAGGGCAUCUACUGGGUCGAUCAUGUUGACUCUACGUCUCCGGAAUUUCACAAUGACGUCAAGUUCGUCAUCAAGACGGACCUGUACGAAGACGGUGUCUUGGACUUUGCUCCUCUACGCGAAGAGCUCGACGACAGUGGCGUCGGAAGGACGGGUCUGACGGUGACCUCGAACUUCAUCGAUGACGGUGUUACUGGAGACUAUCUCAUAGGAUUGGGAGAACACUUGGAGGUACUUGUGGUAUAUAUCGAUAGUGAGGGCUACCCGUCCAAAUACGCUGUAUUACCAUCAACACUCGACGGCGACGCGAACCCGUCCUCCCAAGAAAUUGGGGCAGCGUGGACCUAUUUGACGGUCGAGUCGAGCGGUGCCUACAAUGCGGAAUUACUGUUCUCCUCCAAUGAAGACAAGGGCGUCUUCACGACUACGUUACCGAUCACGGUGCCGUCAGCAUGCUGGAACGAGGGCCUCGACACCUCUACUCACACGUUCUGUGAUGCAGCGACAUCGGUACCACUCGUCACAAAGUACAAGGGCCCCGGCGACGACGUAAAAUCAAAUGACGGCAUGAACUGCCCCUUCGCCGUCAACAAGGACCCGACGCCAUCGCCUGUUAUUGCCCCGAAGGACCCGACGCCGGCGCCCGUUGCGACGCCGGCGACGCCGGCACCCGUCGCGACGCCCGCGACGCCCGCACCCGUGCCGGCGCCGACUGUUGCGGUUCCGGCACCGACGGCGACGCCCUCCAUCUUGGUGUCGUCGCAAUUAGUUAUUGAUGAUGUCCCGAGCGACAUGGACGACGACGCUUUGACAGAUAUUGUGAGUGCGGCGCUCGUGGACACGUUGAGUGGCGUCCGCGAGGCGGACGACGUCUUAGCCUGCGACGUCACCGCCACAACGACGGUGACGACGACGGCCGCGCCGACCGCCAUGGCCGUCGAGGCGGCCGAACAGGCUUCGGUCAUCUCCGGCAGCGUCGCGUUCGCGGGCCUUUCGCAACCCGACGCGGAGGCGAACAAGGCCGUGAUCGAGGACGGCCUCGCGCGCGUCGCCGGCGUCGACGCGGACGCUUGCAGUGUCACGAGCAUAUCGGCGGCGCGCCGGCGCCGGCUCGACGACGGCGCCGGUGUUACUGUGGACUACGAGAUCUACGUUUCGCUGGAGACGGCGCAGGACGUCGCCAUGGCCCUCGCCGACGCGGCCGCCGACCCGACGUUGGUGGAUACCGCGAUCGCGGAGGCCGCGGCCGCGGCCGGCGCCUCGUCGACUUUCGCGGCGUGCACGACGGCGAGCCUCACGAGUGAGGUUGUCACGGCCGCGAGCGACGCCUACUCGUUCUCGUUCACGUACAAUGUCCCUUACUCGUACUCGUACGCGUCGCCGGACCUGGCGGGCCUCGAGUGCUUCAACGAGACGCUGACCGCGUUCUCAUGUUACCUGGACCUGUACCCCGACGACGACGCCGCGAUGCUGGAGGCGCUCCAGGACCCGACGCUCAUGGGCGACGACGACCGCUGGAACGCGUCCGGGACUGAUGAUGAUGUGAGCCUGUCGGAUGACGUGACGUCGUGCAUCGACGUCCAGGCGGACGCGGGCUUCGCCGAGGCUUGUGAUGCGCAGCCGAAGAUUGUGCAAGAGGCCUGCGGCGACAAAUUCGACGCCCAGGCGGAGUGCAUCUUCAAUUCGUGGACGACUGCCAUGGGUUUAGAGUGCGACCUCGACUGCGCCCUGACGCGGGAGUUCCGACGGAAGCUGGGCGUGCUCGACUGGGCGCGGCGCCUCUUCUCGCCGUCGACGACGCGUCCGGCAACGACCUCGCCCGCUGCCAUACGGCGCCGCGCGCAAGACGCGGCGCUGGACGUGCUCGCGAGGCCGUCGCCGACAACGAAACGGCGGCUCGACGUGUCCCCCUCGAAGACCAAGCGCGCGCCCUUCGCGUCGCUGCGCCAUCGACACAAGGGCCGCCGCGGCCUCCAGACCGAGGUCUCCCAGCCGAAGACGGUGUCCUUCACCGUGCGCCUCUGGGGGGUUGGCCAGUCCGGGGACACCGCCGCGUCAGAGCUCGCGACGGCCGCCGCGGACGGCUCCUUGACGACGUCCCUGGCGACCGCGGCCACGGACGCGGGCUACGACGACGGGCCCGCGUGCUCGGGCGAGGCGAACUCGCUCGAGGCGCUGCAGGCCGUCACGAUCGCCGAGGGCGCGCCGAGCGCGGCGCCAGUGAUUGCUCCUACGCCGGCGCCGUCGGCGAAGCCCACCUGGACCCUAAAACCGACGCUCGACGCGUACGAGCAAUGUUUGGAACCGGCGUGCUCGUGCGACGCCACGCUCGCGGCGUGCACCGGGGAUGAUGAAGACGACGACCCGGACGAGUACUGCGACAACGGGGGCUCCGAUUUAAGUUCAGACAUCGCCGGCACGACGAACCACGGUUCUGGAGUGGGCUGGUGCAUGUCGACGCUCGACGAGAAGGUGGGCUGCACGGCGUCGCCCGCCGAAUGCUGGGCGGCGUGCGAGAGUUCACAUGGUGAUCGAUUGGUGGCCAUCGACUGGUACGCCGACGGCAGCUGCUGGUGCCAGGACUCGUGCCCGUGCAUGGACUUUGAUGUGAGUCCUGUUGUGAUCACGCGCGCCGACAUGACUCUACCUCAAGAGUGCACGCUCUGCGACUACUACGAACACGCGCUCUACGGCGACUGUGCCGGAAGUGACGCGUCGGAUGCCUGCCAGAGCGACUAUUAUUCUGCGAUCGAGUGCCACUACGAGGCCCAGCUCGCGGAGUUGGGUGAAACUUGUCCUACGCAGACGUGCGUCGAAGCAUUGGCGACGCCGGCACCGACACCGCAGCCGUCGACCGCCUCGCCAGUCCCGGCGCCCACGAUCCCGGUCACACAAGCACCCACGGUCAAGGGCUCCUUAGAUCCCCUGUUAGCCCAGGCCUCCUCGAAUAAUAAUGGAGGCCAGAACGGUUUUGAGGACGAGGUCCAAUCUGCAGGUUCACCAACGAUGAUCGCCCUCACCUGUAUUGGGGGCAUUGUGGUGGUGGGCGCCGCCGGCGUCUUCCUGACACGCAGCAGAGAAGGCGCCAAGGAGAAGGCUAGAAAAGCAAGGUUCGACGCCAUCAACUCCGAGAGCAACCAGUACGCGACGCGUUAUGAUGCGGAGGAGGGCGACGCCGCCGAGGACUUCGGCGAGGCCGACUGGGCGAAGAUCGCCUCGAAGGAGGACAAAGUACACAUCGAAGAUAGCGCAACGAAGCCUCUGUACGACGAUGGCGCGCCGAACGCUCCUUUUCCUCCUCCCCCUCCAGACGAGGAGGCGCCCAUGUCGCCCGGCGACAUCGACCGCUUCCUGGGAGGUGAUGAUGAUCAAUGGCCCGAGGACGAGGGGAAAGCCCAGUGGCCCAAGGAGAAGAUGUCUGCUGGUGAUGUUGAUGCUUUUUUGGGACCGGACUCUCCAGGAAAUGAUUCCGACUCGUCGGACGGCGCCGAGGCGCCGCCGCCGCCGUCGUCGUCGGCGUCCUCUGUUGCGCCGCCCUUGGACGCCGACGACGCGGCCGAGAUCGCGGCCAUGGCAUCGUCAUCGGACCCCUUCGGCGCGCCGGCGAACCCCUUCGCUGCCCCCGCGGCGCCCGCCGUCGCCGACGACGGCGCCACGUCGCCCGCCGCGGACUUCGCCGCUGACGCGUUCGGCGCGGACCCGUUUGGCGCGCCGCCGGAGCCCACGGCGACGGCCGGCGCCGCCGACGCGCCCGCGGCCGACCCCUUCGCCGCCGACCCGUUCGGCGCGCCUCCGCCGGACCCGGCGGUGUCCUGAACACGUGUUCCCCCCCCAGCCCCUGUCCCCCGCGCCGUGUAACGGGAUAAAUUAGU